CUAUGAAGUCCUAUAUCCCGUAUGUCGGUUUUUGAAAAAAGUGUGGGAAAUGGGCUUCAGCAUUGUGAGACGUUUGAAGUUUUUCUUUCAUAUGGUGGCUUUUGAACUUGACCUCGAUCGGAAGAAACUGAAACACAUGGCCGGCAAGAAUUUGAAGUGAGGCGAAAUAUGAGUUCUGUUUUUCCGUACGAAGGCAUAGAUUUACCAUGAAGAACCUAUGUUGUGUGGAAGGAUGUGAAAACCACACAUCAUCCCACAAAACUGAGCAAACACAGACUGCACUGCACAGGAUACCAGCUUCUGGUAGCAGGAGAGAGGCUUGGCUCAACGCUCUAGGCAUCUCGGGGCCUGACAGAAACCGGACACUGUAUGUGUGCAGCCGACACUUUCAAGAGGACGACUAUCGCCCUUCGGGUUUUCUCAAGAAGGCUGCUGUCCCCUAUAAGGUGUCGAUCGUCAUCGAGGUGGACCCUGCAGCGGACCUGUCGCCGCCAGCGGCCAGCGACCCUGCAGCGGACCUGUCGCCGCCAGCGGCGACCCUGCAGCGGACCUGUCGCCGCCAGCAGCGACCCUGCAGCGGACCUGUCGCCGCCAGCGGCCAGCGACCAUGCAGCGGACCUGUCGCCGCCAGGAGCGACCCUGCAGCGGACCUGUCGCCGCCAGCGGCCAGCGACCUUGCAGCGGACCUGUCGCCGCCAGCGGCCAGCGACCCUGCAGCGGACCUGUCGCCGCCAGCGGCCAGCGACCAUGCAGCGGACCUGUCGCCGCCAGCGGCCAGCGACCAUGCAGCGGACCUGUCGCCGCCAGCGGCCAGCGACCCUGCAGCGGACCUGUCGCCGCCAGCGGCCAGCGAGCCUGCAGCGGACCUGUCGCCGCCAGCGGCCAGCGACCAUGCAGCGGACCUGUCGCCGCCAGCGGCCAGCGACCAUGCAGCGGACCUGUCGCCGCCAGCGGCCAGCGACCAUGCAGCGGACCUGUCGCCGCCAGCGGCCAGCGAGCCUGCAGCGGACCUGUCGCCGCCAGCGGCCAGCGACCCUGCAGCGGACCUGUCGCCGCCAGCGGCCAGCGACCCUGCAGCGGACUUGGGCCCAACCCAGCGUAUACGCCAGCAUCGGAAUGGCAAACGGCGUUUAAGUUUAACCUUGUCUGCAUCAGCAAAGAAGCGGAGGCGCCUCUCACAGAGCGCCGAUGUACGUCGUCGCCGCUUCGUGGUGCCCCGGUCCACUUGGGAGAGGCUGGAGGCGUUCGCUCGUGAGCAUGGAGUGGCGCCAAAGCAAGCCAUCCUAGUGCUCCUUGACAUGGUUUCUUCAGCGCCGGGACCUGCUGCUUCACAUCGUCUGGAGCCGGCACCGUCACGUGAUGUUACACCAGCAGCAUGGACUCCAAGUUCCGUCAAGACGACGGCGUCGCGGGGGCCCGAAGAUCCGUGGACACCUUCUCGCUUCCCAGACAGCGAUGACUCGGACGACUCGGAUGAUGAGCCAGACACACCGGCUUGGCCUGGAGAGGGUGACGGAGAUGAAGACGUCCAAGAAGAGGACUGUCCGUCGUGGGGAGAGCCCAGCGCCCUAGUGGUCACCGGUCAGCUCGAGGAGCUCCUCGACGGCCUCACCGUCCUGUGUGACGUGUGUGAUCACAGGGCGCUGCACUCUGUAAAGAGAUGUUCUCUGUCGUAUUGCGUCUCCUGGACCUGUUCGUCGUGUACAGCUCCAGGCCGUCUGGUGCGACGCUGGUGGUCGUCGCCACGCGACGGCCAGGUAUCUGACCUGGACGUGGUCUUCGCGGGGUCAAUCGUCAUGUCCGGCAACACGUUUGAGAAAAUCAGGCGGCUCUUCACCUUCACCAACAUCGGGAUGAUGAGUAUGUCGAGCUACUACCGCCUCUCGCAUCAUGUGACCGGCCCUGCCAUCGACGCGGCCUUCGGUCGUAUGUGCCGUGACGCUCUACAAGAGAGGAUCGCCGAGUCCCCGGGGGGUCUUCUGCUUGCUGGCGACUGCCAGAAUGAUUCCCCGGGGCACUCGGCCGCAUAUGGGACAUAUACCAUGAUCGAUCUGAAGACGGAGAAGAUUGUCGCACAGGCCACCGUCAGCCGGCAGCAGACGGAUUUCUCCAGCCCCAAACUGGAGAAGGAGGGGGCACGCCUGUGCCUCAUGCAACUGCACAUGGCUGGCUGCCUGGUCAAGUGUGAGGCCAUCGGCUGUACCAUCGAUCACGACGACCAAGACGAAGAGGCUCCCAAGUGGUCGGUGGCGGAGUACGUCUCCGACCAGCAUAUGGGCGUCAAAAAGCUUAUAUGUGACGCUCUCCCGGGGGUCGUCUACAGCUUUGACCUGUGGCACGCCACCAAGUUGUUCGGAAAAGAGCUCGAUAAGGCGUCGGACACUGCAAAAACGAAGGCGCUGAAGCUAUGGGUGCGUCACCUAAAAAACCACCUGUGGUGGAGUGCCGAGACCUGCGCUGGGGAGACCGCUGUCAUGCAGAAAAGCGUGGAAAUGUCCGCCCACCAUGUGUGCGGCGUGCACGCAACGCUGCUCAACCGCUGCCACCACGACAGCGAGGAGCCGGCCGAGCACCCACCGUACCUGGAGUACGGCAGCGCCGCCCACACGGCGAUGACGAAGGUGUUGCUGGGCGACAAGCUCAGAAAGAAGCUGCCGCACCUCGCUCGGUACAGGCACACGGGACUCGUUGAAAGUUUCCACGGCCUCACGCUGGUCUACACGCCGAAGCAGCUGUUCUUCUGGCCGCCGAUGUUCACAACGCGGAAGAGGAUGGCUGUUAUCGACUACAACUCAAACCACGGCCAGCGCCAGGACCUGACUGACCGCGAGGGACGGACGAGGCUGGAGAUGGUGUACAGCCGCGCCAGAGGGCAAAUGAAGCCCAGGCGUGUGGUAGCGGCCAAGUCGCACCCAUACGUCGCCGGACUGCUCAGCGACAUGCUGGAGCGGCGGCGCGCCGGGCCGGUGCUGGGACAGCGGCCGCUGGCCGAGGACGACCCACGCCGGCUCAGCCGCUUCGUCCACCGGGGGGCGGCGCAGCCUACACCCGAGGAGGCGGAGGACAUGCGCCACGAGUGGCAGCGGCACCAGCAGCGGCGCACCAUCUAACUGCCUUACAGGACGACCUCCCGGAAGCCGACAUAGUGGCCGGACGGGCUGGGGAAGGCGUCCCGGAUGGCCCACAGCACACACGCUGGCAGGCGCUGGCGGUUGCCUCGGCCAAGUGAUCCCCACCUGAGAACAUGACAAAGAACUGAGUGCAGUUUUUUUAGGAUGAGCGCGGACGGUGCUAGCACAGUAUACCUCUGUUUCCUUCAUAUUGCCAAAUGUAAAAGUGCAUUUCGAAGUUAGCGUGAACAGCCACCUGAUCCAUAAUAUGUAUCCAAUUACUUGGUACUGAUGUACAUAGAUAGGCUACAUGGUGAUCAAGAAUGAACGCGAUUAAAGCCGACAUAUUUAUCGACAAAUUGUGAAAACAUACCACCACAGAAUGAAAUUUCUGUACGCCUGCCAGCGCAUGGCUCGGUUGUGCUGCUCGGCAUGGGCCAGGUCAGUAGGUCCGGUAGCGGCGCGCUCGCCGUGGUAGAGCAUCCCCAUAGUUACGAAUGCUGCCGUUUGUGUGAAGGCGACACAUUCCUGAGGGCAGCAUUGUCAAGUGUUGUUCAUUGUGAUGUUUCACGAGCUUCCUCUGUAUUGUUGAAUAUCCAUGCUCAACGUCACUCAUGAUAAAAGAGGUCAUUCAUUACCACGAGAA